GGCAAACACCGAGCCAAACGCAAAUUAGUUUAAUAAGUGGACAGCCACUAGAUGCGCGGGGGAAUUCGACUGUCCUUUAAUUUAUAGUCCCUACAAACAGAGUUUCCAGUAAAGUAACAUACAUCAGCCUGUCACUGCUGGGUACCUCACGGCUGGCUCUGUACUUCCUGGAUUACAUUUGGAAUAUUCUUGUGUUUUGCUUGAUCUCCUGCCCGUUGAAUAACCAUGACCAUCAUAAGCGCCGAACCGGUAACGGGUGGAACGGAAUACCAUAGCGGUCGACUAGGACAGCGCCACUUGUUGAUGCUACUGUUAUUUUUCGGAUGUAUCUGCAAACAGGCGACCCGGGUCGGUCUGAGCGUCGCCAUGGUGGCCAUGGUUAAGCCACCUAUUGCGCUCAACAUCACCCUUCAGUAUACGGAUGUAGCCUGUCCGCAAAAUCUGCCGCCUCCAUCAAACGGAAGCGAGCUGCAGCUCCUUCCGGUUCCAUGGAUAAUUUUCGCUAGGGACUCUCCGAGCGUCCACCCGCGGAUCUCCCACGAAGAGCGCCAAUACAUUUUGACCUCGCUCGGCCGCCGUCAAUCCCAAUAUGCCAAUCCCAAGCGCCGCCGGCUGCCCAUCCCAUGGAAACGUAUCUUCCGCACCGGCGCCUUCUACGCCAUCCUCGUCGCGGAAUUCGCCCACAACUGGGGCUACUACACCAUCCUCACCAACCUGCCCACGUACCUCAGCAACAUCCAGCACUACUCCAUCAAAAAGAACGGUCUCCUCUCCGCCCUCCCGUACCUAGUCCGCUGGAUCUCAGUGUUCUUUGUGGUUCUACUCGGCGACUGCUUGCUGACCCGCAAAAUCAUGAGCGUCAGUCUGCUGCGCUCCACCUUCUCCGGCGUGUCAUUUGUCCUAACCGCUGCCGCCCUAAUCGGGGUGGGGUAUGCCGGAUGCGACAGUACCCUGGCCGUCAGUCUACUAGUCGUCACGGUGGGCGUACAGAGUCUGAACUCGUCCGGGUAUUUUCUCGGUUAUGCCGAUAUGUCGCCGGAGCUGGCCGGGGUCUUGGUCGGGCUGGGUAACGGGUUCGGGACGACAACAGGGAUCCUAGCACCCUUAGUGGCUGGUGUGCUGACCAACGGGCCGGGCGGGCAUAGUAUUCAGAACUGGAAGAUAGUCUUCUUUAUUGCAGCAGGUAUGUAUCUGUUUGGAGCGGUGAUUUAUUGGGUUUUCGGUUCGGCCGAGAAGCAGCCGUGGGAUCCGACAGUGGCGGCUGCUUCUUCGGCAAAAGUCGCGGUAACCAGACAGGAGGGCACGAUGGACAAGAAAGAGGCUGACUUAGAAGAAAAGGUUACUUUUAUCGAUAAUCCGAGUUGAGAAGCGUUAAUCUUGGAACCAAGAGAUAUAAAUUAUUUCACAUUUAGUCUAACAAUUCGAAACAUCGCUGGAAGAUUAAUAACUGCAAUGCGUAUGAUUCAUUCCUACUGUUUGUUCAGCAAGUGUGAGCUGAACGUGAUCAUGAGUACGUGAACAAACAAAGUCCCGAGCCACGGGUGUUGAAUUAAAGCCCGGGUUGA